AUGUCAAGCUAUCAUGGCUGGGAUAUGGAGGAGAUGAAGGCAGCGCAAGCAGCGAGAGAUAACAUGGAGCGAGGACCCAAGCGGAGGAAAACGGCAUCCGCUACUUCUCCAUCUACUAGCUUUACACCAAUCAACAUCUCCAGUAACGCUUCUCAUCCACCGUGGAAUGGAAGUAAGGAUCUUCUCCGAAAUCCAACCACCCGAGAUGCCAUUCUUCGAGCUCACCCGUCGAGGAACCCUCUCGUGGCCAGGUACCUUGGCCUUGACGAUAACUUGGCGGCCCAACCGCCGGUAGAGGUUCAUCCUGAAAUCACUGGCAUUGAAGCUGUAACUAAAGCAGCAGUUCGUAAGCGUGCCCCUAGGAGCAAGCAGAAAGCCAAUACGAAGAGGCCAGUCUCAGACGGGACGCAUGCUGCGAAGCCCAGGAAAAAGGCCACGCACGAGAAAGUUGCCUCGGACGUGAUAGACUUUGGUUACCAGCCUCCGCGAAUGCCUAAAUCCCAACACGUCGACGUUCCCAACUCACGCUCGUCAUUCCCGAACGGUCUGCAAGCCGAGAACAUAGGCUACACUCUCUCCAAGCGGAUCAUUAGCGAACUUGACGCCUCUAGGCCCCAGUCGCUAUCGACGCCCGGAAGCUAUGGGAGCAACCUCGAAUCGGAGUCAGCACCACUGCCUUGUUCUGAUCGAGUUCCUGUGAUUGCACACGUUACGUCGCUCGACGCAGUCAAAGCACAGCAAGGCACCCGUUGCUCGGUGUACAUGGAGCCCUCUCAGCCAGAAAGCAGCCUAAACUUGCUACAGAAGAAAAGUGCCGGUACCCGGCUCGCCGAUGGUAUACCUUCGCGUGCGACUGAUGCGUCCCUCGCGGCUCAGUCCAAUCCGCCAAUACGCCGCCGCGAUGACCUUCUUCAAGACUCCGAGCGAGGAGCUUACAGGGUGCACGAUCCGCUUGAAGGAACCCGCAGUCAAUCUGAGCCAGUACGACCACUGGCCCAUCUUCCCCAUCCAAGAGUUCUCGAAGUCAUUGAAGAGCUCCCUGAAGUGGUGUCCCCUUCACCGCCAGAUUCCAAACCAGGGUUACGAAACACUCAAAGUCCUGCGGGUUUAGCAGGGUUUAACUUGGAGGCGAGGAACCGGCAAGUUCUGUCCUUUGAACCAUCUACAACGAAUGGGUCUGCUGGACUUGACGACUUCGACGCCGAUGUGGACGAUGAAGAUCUCUUACAACUUGCUGCGAGAUGCCACACUCCCGAUCUUACGGAGGCAGAGAGUCUGCCCGACUUGACCUUCGAGUCAUGCGAGAGCCGAGAACAGGGUACCAUCCAGCAAUUGCCUACUCCGUUACCAUCAUCCAGUUCUGCCCGCGGCGUACCUGUCCCUGCAGCUUGCGACGAUUCUAUGGACUGGACGCCUUUGGUCGAUUCCGACGAUGCCGAGUUCCUUAAAUCGACGCAGGACUUAGAAGUAAACCCUACCGCACCGGAGCAGUACUCGGCUGCUGAACCAGCCAAAGCGACAUCUAAGCGACAAAUGCGAGUUCACAUCCCUAGGUCAAGCUCGAUGCCAUCCUCAGCUUCACCGCCAGAUGAAGUCCCAACGCAGCUUGGAGAAAGUAACAGCUCCCGGCCCAUCGUCAGACCUCCUUUCCCUUGCCAAGUUCAGGAUCGGUCCCCCAUCAUCUGCUUGUCAGCAACAAGCGUUCUCCGUACCUGCUUUCGUGCAGGUGAAGCCCUCAACAUAGGCUGUCAAGCUGUCCGUGAGGGCCGAACUGUCAUCAUCGAGCUCUAUGCCACGGUUCGGUCAUCCUUCCGCGAACCAGACACCGUCACGCAGCAUUUCGUUAUCGGCGACUUGUUCCAUGACCGUCCUCCGUACAUCAAUGCCGUGUACGAACUCUGGAAAGGAGUCGAUCUGUGGGACUACGACAGCAGCAGAUUUCUCGAGCAAAGUGAUGCUAGGAGGAUGUGCAGGUGCAUAGGGCAGAUGAAGAGAGACGACCGUAAGUGGAAGCUCUUGAUCCUAAACAUAUGGGAAGCGAGCUGGGAGGAUAUCGACUAUGUGAAAGAUAUCAUCUGCACAUGA